CUCUGCCUGCUCAACAAAGGCUGGAGAGAAUAUGCAAAGCCCUAGCAGCCCCCAGGGCCGCUGUUGCCCGUCCCCUCCCUCUUCCCCAGUCAGCGAAGCAAAGAGUGACGGGGCUAGAAACAUGUGGGUGUUCGGAUAUGGCUCUCUCAUCUGGAAGGUGGAUUUUCCUUACGAGGACAAGAUGGUAGGAUACAUCACGGGCUACAGCAGGCGGUUCUGGCAAGGCAGCACGGAUCACCGUGGAGUGCCGGGCAAGCCUGGAAGAGUUGUGACACUUAUUGAAGAUCCUGAGGGCUGUGUAUGGGGUGUUGCAUACAAACUGCCAAUAGGACAAGAAGUUGAAGUAAAAGCCUAUCUUGAUUUUCGAGAGAAGGGUGGAUAUAGGACUACAACUAUUGUCUUCUAUCCCAAAGAUCCUGCAGUGGAACCUUUUAAUGUGCUAUUAUAUAUUGGAACCUGUGAAAACCCUAACUACCUCGGACCUGCACCCCUAGAAGAAAUUGCCGAACAGAUUUUUAAUGCAGUUGGUCCUAGUGGAAGAAAUACAGAAUAUCUAUUUGAACUCUGCAAUUCCCUCAGGGAUCUUGUACCAGAAGAUGUGGAUGAACAUGUUUUUACUUUAGAGAAACUGGUAAAGAAACUAUUGGAAGAAGAGCAAAACAAACCUGUAUAACAAUCACUUUGCAAACAGUUUCUUCACUAUCAGACUAAGUUUAUUCCGUUUAUAUUGUUUAUAUAAUUUGGAAAUUAGCCAUCAAAAUUUUAAAAAAAUUAAUUUUCAUAUUUCAUUGAGGCAUCACUGUCCUUGGGCAAUAGAGAUUUUUAAAAUGAUAUUUAAAUUUAAGAAGGAACUUUGAAUUUCCAUAAAGUUUUAAAAAUGCUUUUCUGUUCAUUUCUCAAAUUUGAAUAACUUAGGCCUGAUUUAAGUUGAAGGGAACCUUUCUUAACUUUAAAUUAUUAGAUUUUGUUUUCCUUUCAAAAAAAAAGUUUUGAACUAGAUUCUUCACUUAGGUAUGGAUGCAGUCCUAUGCACAAAAGGAAGUCCUUUCAACAAAGAAAGAAAUGCAUAGGAUUGAGUGAUGUGUGUUGGCAUAAAUGUCAGUAUAUUCCUUCAAAAAUGUUUCCAAUUGGAUUUGUGGAUUUCAGCACUGAGAGAAAAAUUCUUUGUACACUUGUUUAGGAUUAAGUCCAACAUGGUACAAAGUAAAUAUGUGUAGGGAUUACAUUGUAAAUGGCAAUUAUAUCUAUAUGAGGGGCCUGGAUUAUUUGUACACCUGUUUGAAACGUAUUGCUUAUUAUAUAUUUAUCAUUUCGUUUCACUUGCCCAAAUUCAAUAAUUUAUAUAUAACUAUUUGCUUAGUGAUAAGAGGAUGAAAUAGUUACAAAUGAAAGGAAACAGCACUUUGCAUUCAUGGUUUCAAUAUCUUCAGAGACGAUAUAUACUGGUAUCACAAGGCUUUCUCUCAUUUUUUUGGAAAAUAACUGUAAUCAGGGAAACAACUUGAAUCUAGAGUAAUAAGUAAUGUAACAAAAUUCCUAUCCAUAAUCAUUGGGCAUUUUUAGAGAUAGUCAAAUUUGCCCUUAUCCCAGUAAUUAGAGCUCCAUAAAUUAAAAUUCACAAUAACCCUUUGUUCAACCUUUACUAUGCAAGCAUGAUUUGGUCACCAAUACCUAAUGCUAUAGUUUCACAACUUCUUGCUUCUAAACACACAAUAACACAUUGAGGUACAAGAAUAUUUCUUCUUCAAUUUUUGUUUUUAGUGACAAUCCUUAGUUUUUAUAAAUUUCUAUGCAUUUGUAAAGCUUUCAUUAUGAAGACUGCACUUCUCUUUGUAUACUCUAAUUGGAAAAAUUUGGAAGUAUAUGGAUUAUGUAGCCCAGCCCAUUUGAAAAGCAGAGGAUCAGCAUUUGCAAUACAAGAGCACAUUUUUGACACUUACUCUAUAGUAAUUCCUUUUUGCCUCAAACAGAAGAACAGGAUUAUUGUUUCUAUAAGGACUGGCAGAGAUCUGGCAAGCAUCUAAAUAAGGAAUAAGCUCCCUUGGAAGUCAAACUUCCUCAGAAAAUAUUGGCACAUAACUUGCAGCAUAGGUUUUGAACGAAAAUUUACGCUGCAAAUUUCCAAGUCUAGUUAUCAUUAAUUAGCAUAGUUUUAGUUGUACCGGAUAACUUAUUAUAAUUAACUUAAUUAUAUUUUCUAUUAACAAUUUGGAAAUGCUUGCUAGAAUUUUUCACUGAAAUAACCACUGCAGUGAUAAACCUGUCAGUAAACAAAGGAAAAUACAUGAGCUAUUAUAUGUCUCUUAAAGACAUAUACAAAUGUUAUUAUAACUCCCCCCAUAGACAAGGAUUUCAAACUAUAGCUGGCCAGUAAAUACCCUUUAAAAAUUCUAAUUGUGCAUCUCUCUCCCAUAGUGCUUUGAACUUGAUGUUUAUUGAAGAUUGUAUUACAUAUACCUAGGCCAUCUGUCACAAUAUUUUUGAAACCAUGUCAAAGUAUUUAUUUGAGAGUCCAAAUUAAAAUUUACACCAGGUAAGCAAACACUGUUGAUUUAGUUUAAAUCAAAUCAGCCAGUUUUAUUUGCAUCCAGAAGGCCCAUAAGUAACUUACAAACACAAUAUAAAUUUAAACUAUUAUAUCCAAUGUCAAAUUUAGAUUAUCUUUCUAAGUUGCUUUUGGAUCUUUUGGCUGUAAAUAAAAUUGAUUGAUUUAGCUAAAUGUACCUCUUUUUGGGGGGAUUCUGUACUUAAGAGUUCAAGGGUAAAUUGCACAGUAAAUUGCCGGGACUUUUAAACAUUCUCAACUUCUACUAAAUUGUUAUCUGCUGCGUUAACUUGAUGAUGAUCUCAUAACAACAAAAAACGUUUCCGUCCCAACUAUGCAUGUACAUCUCACAGUUUCAGUUCUUUUCUUUAAACUUUCAACAAAAGCAUAAACUGGUUCUAUGUUUCUGUCAUUUUCAUAAUGAAACUUGUAUGAUUUUGCAUUAGUAAUACAACAACUAUGAUUUAAGCC